AUGGAUAAUGAAGCCAGCAAUUGGAAGUAUGCAAACACACCAGUAGAGGAGGAACUGGACGAGCUUGCAUGGCAGAUUGCAAAGGAGAAUGAUACAUCUUGCAUCUUGGAGAAGAUACGCCUGUGUUUGAGUGAUGAUGUAUGGAUAUUCAAAGAUAGCUCGUUGAAAUUAUGGAAGAAUGCAAGCGACAGAAUACUUCUUAUUGUUCAUGAGAUAGGAGAGAGGUAUUUUUGUGAAGGAAUGCAGAUAAGCAAGAUGUGUGAUGCAGACAAGAUGAUGAUUGUUGAAAUAUUCAGGUUUUAUCAGAGAAUGUAUGGGUAUUCGAAGCACAAGUAUCCAUUGGAUGUAUCAGAGUAUGUGAUGAAGUAUAUAUAUGCAGUUGAUGCAGAUGUGGUGAUUGAGGCAUAUAAGGUGCUUAGCUUCAGUCUGCAGUUUUGUAUUGGAUUGGAGGAGUAUGCUCAGGAUCAUGAGAUGCUUCUGAAAUGCAUUGAGAUUGCACUCGAUGAGGAUGAAAUGGGUGAGCUGAAUGUAUCUGAAGGUUUUUAUGAAAGGAUACCUGAUGAGAUGCUUGAUAUUGAAAUGUUUACAGAUAAUGGAUGUGAUUGCAAUGAAUUAGAUGGUGUAGCAGGGAAUGUGCGGUGUAAUGUGUGUGUUAGAAGUGCUCAGCAAACGAAAGAAGCGCUGAUAGUAGGAGCAGAGAGGUAUGGCAGAGGGAAGUAUAUUUUUGAGCUGAGAAAGAAGAUAUACAGCGAUAGAACAGAGAGAUUGGAUGUUAUACGGAUUCUUGCAAGAUGUGUUUUUCUUGUGCUUGCGAAAGGAGGAGAAAUGUUUGAUUGUGUUACACGAAAGAUUGACGCACUUGAGAUGAAUGAGAUGAUGAAUGGAAGGAUGUCUGAAGACAUGGAGUUUGCAGUGAUGAGUCUGAUAGAUGUGUUGAUUUAUUAUGGAGUUGACUUUUUGAAGGUUUCAGUGGCACUUGGAUUGGACGAUGUGAAAGGUCCAUUUUAUUGCAGGUAUUCAGCAGGGUUGAAUGAGAAGGCAUUUGAAAGACAUAUGGUUUUUUUUGUGAGCAAUGCGCUUGUUUUAAACCAGAAGGCGCGGUAUUUGAAGAUGGAUGUGUUGAUGGAAUGCGUUGAAGUUUUCAGACAGUGUAGAGCAGAUGUUAGAUAUCACAUUCUAAGAUCAUUAAAGAUGUACUGUAAAGAGCCUAGAUCAAGGGGACUUUCUGAGUUUAUUUUAAGAGGUGGAAUUGCGAUGUUAGAAGGAUAUCUGAAAGACAGCUGGCAAUAUGGGAUAAAUGAGAAUGUGAAUGUAAGGUAUGCAGUGAAGGUUCUUGGUGAGAUAUACAUGCAGGAUUGGAGAGGCGAGAUAGGUGUUAGAGGAUUUGAGGAAAGUGAGUUUCUUGACAUAUUGGUGAGCAUGAUACGAAGGCUGUAUUCUGUGGAUAUUCGAACUGUGUGUGUUUGCAUGAGGGUUCUAUCGUGCUUUGCAUUUGGAGAUCCUUUGAGCAUAGGGAGACUUGUUGAGAGGGGAGUUAUGAUUGUGUUUGAGAAGAUGUUAAUGGCUGAAUUGACAAUUGAAUGUUUUUCUGAGAUGGUGUCAUGUAUGGAUGCGUUUUCACUGAACCUUGAUGCACAAAGAAUGAUUUGUGAUUCUGAGUAUUUAUUUAAGUUGCUGUUUAUGCUUAGAGAGGAUGAGUUUUUGAAGACUGUGAGUGGAAGUAGUAAGGUAAUGUCGCUUUUGAAUGUGCUUAUUAUGCACCAUCCUGUAUUCAGAGACGAUUUAGUGAAGUUCUAUGUGACAUACAUGCAAUGCUUGACAAGUGUAUUUGAAAUGCAAUCUAAGGAUGCAUUUGUGGUUGAUGAGUGGAAGGUAAAUGUGAUGAAUAACUUUUUUGGAUUUAUUGGAAAGAUGCAGGUAUAUCCAGAUGCAGAAGAAGCAUGUAUUCUUUUCCGUAAGGUCUAUGAUUUUUUUGUAGAUGUAAAUUAUGCGUGUAGGAUGCACAAUCCGAUGAAGGGGAUUGUUGUGGGGAUGCUUCGGAAUAUUUACAGCAUGAUUGAUGGAGAUGUAGGAAUGAUACAAAUGUUCAUAAGAGACAGCAAGAUGAUGGCUGAUUUAUUGUGCAAACGAAUGCAUGAUGGGGUGAUUAAUGGAUAUUCAUGGACAGAUGAAGAAGAAGAAGAUGAUGUAGUUGACAAAUUGAUGUUUUCGUAUAGCAACCAUGCUGCAUUGAUGUGCAUACUGAUUGAUGAUGUUUUGCAGAAUAAGGAUUACAUUUUGGCGACUGAUCUUGAGAUGGUGCCAGAGAGUGUUGGCAUGAAAAUGCUUUUAGAAAUGUUUGAUGGAGUUGAAGAAAUGUAUAUGAGAUUGUCUGAACUCUCUGGUGUAUUUUUGGAUGUACCUGAUGCAGAUAUGUUUGUAUUGUUGUGUAAGGCUGUGAGUGUAGAUCUUGAUGUUGAUAUUUCUAAAUGCAGUGUGCGCCUGUGUUUAAUUAGAUCGAUUUAUUCGUGUGUGACUUAUCUUGUACGAUCUGUGUGGAAAGUUUUAGUAGAAGUGGCGCCUGUGCAUGGUGUUAAGUUUUUACAGAAAGCAGUGAAUACUUGUUUACAGGACAAUGGAAUGUCUGUGGUGAUGAUGACACGGCUAUUCAAGAAGCUAUGUCCAUACUUCAGGCCUGAGCAUUGUGAAGUGGUAUCUGGGUGUGAAUUUGCAAAGCAGUUACUUGGGAUUCGUGGAGAGCAUUCUAAGGUUAUUGCAAUUGUGAAUUUUAUUAUAAGUGAACUUUUGUACACAAUGAGAGAGGAUAAUGAGUUGAGACAUAGAUUUCUGCAAUAUUUGCUUGAUAUUGAUAUGAUAGAUGGCAGUUUAAGUAGUAUUGAUGAUAACCAGCGUAACUUUACAUUGAGUAAUCUUAUUAUUGAUGCAGUUCAAAGCAUAUUUGAUGAAGAAGAUGGCGACAAGAUUCAAAUGCUAGAAUAUGACAUGAAUAUGGUUAUGUGCAUAUAUGAGAAGUUUUAUAUACCACCUGAAUGCAAAAAGAUUAAAAUUGAAAGACUUGUAAGAUCACCAAUUUGUUUGAAGGGAUUGAUGAGAAUCAAGGCUUACUCAUCCAUUCGAUGUUUUGUAAUGAGAUAUAGAAAGGUUUAUGAGUAUGUUUGUGCAUCUAUUGCUAAUUUUGAAUAUUCUGAUGAAUUUGUUGAAAUGGCAGGAGAUGUUUUUCUAUCUGCAAGUGUUGGGAUGUGUCCACACUUGAUUGAUGUGAAAAUGAUUGAGGAGAGUAUUCCUGUGUUGAUUGAAUCUGAUGUAUCAGUGUCUAAGACACUUUAUUUUCUCAGGAUGUAUUUCCGGCUACUAACUGUUUUGAGAAUGCCAAUGCCUUACAACUUUGAUCUUGAGAAGCUGAUGAUGCGGAUUAGGACAUGCAGCGAGAUGAUGGAGAUGCGGAUGCUUUUGGGAUAUGCGAUUCGGCCUGGUAUUCAAGAUGUAUUGGGAAAUGUGGCGUUUCCUAAGCAAAUGUCAGGUUUAACAGAUGCAGAUGAGUUUUUGAAGCCUUUGUGUUUUUUAAUGUACAGAGACUAUGGAAUGUUUGUGAGAAAAUGUGUAGAGGCUAUUGCAAAACGGAAUAAGAUGAACUGUACAGAAUAUGACUACUGUAAGACAGAUAGUGUUUGUAGUAAUGCAGAUGAAGAAGUAUGCAGUAAUGCAAAUGACGAGGUGCAUGAUUAUGAAGAGGUGUAUGUCAGGAAGCUUAUUAUACUACUUGAUUCACAAAAAUGCAUGAACAAAGCGAUUCAAUUUCUUUCUGAAAUAAUGAUGAAUCAUGCAUCGCUUCUUGGAAAGAUAUGCACACCUUCUGUGUUGAACAAGGUUUAUGAGAAAUGCAUUAGAGAUGGGGAACUUUCGCCGAGACACGGACAUGAUAAAGAGAUAGAGCGUGGUGUUUGUUUAUUUGCAGCUGGAUUGUUGGCUGAGUCACGAGUUGUGAGUGAAGAGAUGAUUCUGGAAUUUAAUGAAGGGAUGGCUAAAGUGGAUGCAUAUAAGAUGCCAGUGUGUACAUUUCUGAUUUCGAAGGUCAGGGAUGAGGAUGAAGAAGCAUUUAUGCGUGCAGUGUAUAUAAUUGGAAGGUGUUUAGUGCCACAGGUAGUUUUGAAGCACGAGCGUGAGGAUGAUAGAUCGAAAGAAGAUCUUCGAAGAUGUUCUUUGUUUUUAAGUGCAUCAGGGAUAUUCAGUGAAAUUAUCAAGAGAUUAGCAUGUAUGGAAGAAAGCAGCAGUAUUUAUGAAUUAUGCGUGCACUAUGGAAUGGAUUGCCUGAACAGGAUGUACUCGCAUUGCCAUGGAAGUGUUGUGAAUGCAAUUGAAGAUUAUGAAAAUGAAUCGAAUGAUGAAUAUUUCAGCAUUGGGUCUGACGAGCAAGAGUUCAGCGAGAGUGGGAUAUCUGAAGAAGGUUAUUUUGAAGAUAUGCCGUUCCAUGGAAUAGAAGUAGAGGAUGAAGCGAUUGAUGAUAGCAUGAGCAGCGAAGAAUCAAGAUCGGAUGAUGUAGUUGUUAUAAAGAGUAUUGAAACUGAGUAUGAGAUGCCUACUGCGAUGUACACGAUGUGCAUGGAAUAUAACGGGCUGUGUUCUGAAGUCAAAGAUGAUGUUGAAGGAAUCAUGUGCAGGAAGUUGUAUGAAGAUUUAGUGCAGAAGGAGAUGAAGGAGAUGAAGUGCUGUGAGAAUAAAGCGACUGAUGCAUUGCAUGUCUCUGCAUGUGUAUUGAAUUGUGUGAAAGAUGGCGACUAUGUUCAGCGUGUGGAUCGAAGUGGAAGUGGAAAUGUAAAUAUGGAUAUGAAUGAAAGUGUAAAUAAUGUGAAUGAUGAAGAAAGUAUAAAUAAUGUGAAUGAUGAAGAAAGUUUAAAGAAGAAUAUUGUUGAGAAUAUGGAAGAUGUUGUUGAAGUAAUGACAUGGGAUGAGUGGUGCAAUGAAUUGUAUGCAUGCAAUAGUGUGUCUGAGAUGCAUGAUGAAAUUGAUAUAAAUGAUUUUGAGUGCACAUCUACACAAUAUGAAUAUGAAGAAGGAUCUUCAGAGUCUGAUUUGGGAGUAGUUGGUGGAGAAAUACCUAUGCUUGAGGCAUCUACACUCAAUGCGAUGGAGAUGAGUGAUUUGAUAGAAUAUUUAGACAGCUAUUUUAUUGAUAGACGUGCAAAGUCGAUGGAUUAUGCAGGACUAGCAGUUGAGUUCUACGAACAGCUCUCUAAUGAGGUUAGAGUUAUUUUUGAAGAGAAAGAGAGAGUGUAUAGAGAGAGUUUUUUCAGGCAUGAGACAGAAAUUGAGAGCAAUAAGGAUGUGUCUGAUUCUGUAAUGAGUGUGGAAGAAUGUGUUGAAGUAGAUGAGAAUGUGUUUUGUAUGUUUGUAAGCAAAGUGAUUACUGAAAAGGAGAUCAUUUUUUUGAAAAGCAGGAAAUUGAUAGAAAGAAUGUGCACGAGCACUAAGAUGAGAGAUGCUGCCUUUAAAGCUGUAAAUGAUGCCAUUUUAUCUAUAUAUGUGGACAAUAUGAAUGAAGCCACAGAAUGCAAGUUUAGAAGAUGCCUUUUACUGCUGGUGAGUAUGAUUAAAAGGCCCUGGAAAGAUAGAUGCAUUGUGAAGAAUACAGUACUCGUGUGUAAGGUAUUUGAGGUGAUGAGUAAAAUCAAGAUGACUGAGGAGAUAUUGAAGCUUGUGGCUGAAUUCAGUUUUAUUUUCAAAGAAGAUAAAAAUAAGAUUCUUGGUAUUGAUAUGAAUCUUGAUGGAGUGAUAUGUAUGUUUGUAAAAGAGAUGAAAUGUGGAUGGUUUACACAUGUUGAAGUGCUUGUAGAAAACACAUCUAUACAUUUUGGAUCAAGAUAUAUGGAUGUUAUAUUUGAAGAGAUAAGGAAGAAGAUGAAUGAGUUUAAGAGGAUUAUUGACGAUGGGAGAUGGAUUGGAAGGUAUACAAAUGCACAAAGAGGAUUUGUGCGUCUUUGGAAGCUGGCUACGAAUGUGUUUGCAAAGGUUUAUGAAGUUGAAAGCAUACAAGAUGAAGUUUUUAUGGAGUUGGUUACUGAUCCAUUCUGGACGAUGUUUUUUGAACGUCAAGAUGGAAAAGUAUGUGUUGAGGACCUGAUGAAUGUUUCUGAUAUUUUUGAGUCAUUUUUUGCAGUUGGAAAGGCAUUUGAAUCAAGAAAAGGAUUGGAAGAAGACAUGUCUUUUAAAGAGUUUUAUACGAAUGUACUUGAAAAGCAAUCGAAACAAAUCAAUCUGCUUGUUGAGGAGAGGCCAGAAAGGUUUUUUAAGAGCUUUAAUAGGCUUAUCAAUAGAUCGAUAUUGACUUUCAGCAACAAGAAGAAGUAUUUAUGUAGGAAAUUGCGAGUGGAAGGGACAGACAAGUUGUCUGUGUUCUACAAGGUAUAUGUUGACAGAGAUGAUGUUCUUCGUAGUUCGUACUUCCAGGUGAUGGCAAAAAGCCCUGAAGAUUUUCGUACGAAGCGAUUUGAAAUCAAGCUUGCAGGAGAAGAAGGAUUAGAUUACGGAGGAAUAACAAGAGAGUGGCUUUUACUGCUUGCAAAGGAUCUGCUUGACCCAAACUUUGCAUUGUUUGAGUUUUCAACAGAAGAUAAAACAGUUGCAGUUCCAUGCAAGAAUAGCCACGUGAAUCCUGAACAUCUUUCAUAUUUCAAGUUUGUAGGAAGAAUAAUGGCAAAGGCCAUCAUGGAAGGAUACUUCUUGAAUCUACAGCUACCAAAGUUUGUGUAUAAACAUAUUCUUGGUAAGACAUGUGGUUUAGAUGAUCUGAAGUCUGUUGACAAUGAGUUUUACAAAUCACUCAUAUGGAUACGAGAUCACAGUGUUGAUGAAUCACUUGGAUUGAUGUUUUCAUUCACUGAGGUGAGUUUUGGUGUGAAUAUAACAACCGAUCUGAUUGAUAAUGGACGAGAUGUAUUUGUUUCCGAGAGUAACAAGAAAGAAUAUGUGCGGGUUGCUGCAUGGCAUAGGCUUUUCAACGGAAUAGAAGCACAGCUCUCUGCAUUGAAAGCAGGGAUAUUUGAGAUCCUUGGAGAAGAUGCAUUGGAUAUGUUUGAUGAAAAUGAGCUUGAGCUGCUUGUUUGUGGUAUUCCUGAGAUAAAUGUUGAUGACUGGAAAAGUAAUACUCUUUAUUACGGAUACACUGAAAGCUCAAAGACAAUCAUUUGGUUCUGGAAAGCUGUUAAAUGUCUUGAUUCAGUUCAGAAAGCAAAGCUGUUGCAGUUUGCCACAGGAACAUCAACAUUACCAUUCGAGGGAUUUUCUCAUUUACAGGGAAAUAAUACCAUACAGAAGUUCUCAAUCCACAAGAUGCCUGAUAGAAUGGACAGCUUGCCUACGGCACACACUUGUUUCAACCAACUAGUGCUGCCUUCGUAUUCAUCGUAUGAAACAAUGCUGAAAUGCCUUACAACAGCAAUCAAUGAAUGCUCUACAGGAUUUGGAUUCAUAUAA